CCUGCUCAGAAAGGUUUACAGUACUUUCGCUUUAGCUCAGCUGUUUGCAGAGCGAGGCGAGGGAGGAAGCACGUCGAGUUUUGCGGGCGCUUUGAGUUGUGGUGAAUCGCUGGGAAACCAAUUCCUUCGCAAAGACUAUUGUCGUUAGCCAUGACUGUCUGUGGCCUUGUCACAAACUCUCAGGAACCUGUGCCCUUGAAGAGCAUCUCUGUGGAUGUGGUGGUCCGAGGCUUUGUGGCUGACGUGGUGUCUGAGCUCCGCUACCACAAUGAGGAGAAGACUCCAGUGGAGGUUGUGUUUGUCUUCCCUCUGGAUGACGAAGCUGCCGUAUACGCCUUUGAGGGCCUGAUUGGUGGGACGCGGAUUGAGGCCCAGAUCCGAGAGAAGAAACAGGCAGAGCAGGAAUAUGAGGAUGCCUUGACUGAAGGCCGGCAGGCUUUCCUGCUUGAAAGAGAAGCAAACACCAGUGACAUUUUCACCUGCAGCCUGGGUAACCUCCCUCCCGAUGGGGAGGCCACGUUGAAGCUCUCCUACGUCCAGGCCUUGGCUCCGGAGCCUGACGGUGCCAUCCGCUUUGUCCUGCCUGCUGUUCUCAACCCCCGCUAUGCACCUCAGGGUUCAGAAGGGGAAAAUGUCACCAAGAGCAUACCACGAGUGCCCAAGGGGAAGCUUCCUUACACCCUCGGCCUCAGUGCCACACUGGAGUCACCGUAUGGCAUCAACCGUGUGGAGUCCAAGUGCACCCUUGAGCCCUUGCGCUACAGGGCAGAAGACCGUACGAUUGCCCAGGUCUCCUUGGCUGAAGGGCACCAGUUUGACCGAGACGUGGAACUGCUGAUAUAUUACGAGGACAUUCACAAGCCCAGCGCCCUCCUAGAGGCUGGGAAGCCUGGGGCUGCCCCAGGCUCUCUGAUGGGGGACCCAGCACUUCUGCUCACCCUGUACCCCAGUGUCCCUGCCCCAAAACCAGGCCAGAAGGUGACUGAAGAAUUUCUCUUCCUGAUGGACCGCUCUGGAAGCAUGCGUUCCUGCACUGAUCCGAAUCCUGAUUCCCCAAGGCGGAUUCAGAGUGCCAAGGAGACCCUGAUUUUCUUGCUGAAGAGUCUCCCUCUGGGAUGUUACUUCAACAUCUAUGGAUUUGGAUCGACCCAUGACUCAUUCUACCCGCAGAGUGUAGAAUACACCCAGGAGACCAUGUCCAAGUCCCUCCAACGGGUGAAGGAGCUGGAGGCAGAUUUGGGGGGCACAGAGAUUCUGCAGCCACUGAAGGCCAUUUACAGCCAGCCGUGCCGGGAAGGAUAUCCUCGCCAGCUCUUUGUGUUCACGGAUGGAGAGGUGUGUAAUACAGAUGAGGUCAUUGCUGAAGUUCGACGUCACAGCAGCUCCCACAGGUGCUUCUCCUUUGGCAUUGGUGAAGGGGCCUCCACAGCCCUCAUCAAAGGCAUUGCCCGUGCGGCCGGAGGCAGUGCUGAAUUCAUCACAGGCAAGGAGCGCAUGCAGGCCAAGGCCCUGCAGUCUUUGAAGAAGGCCCUGCAGCCAGCAGUGACCAGGAUCUCUCUGAGUUGGGACUUGCCUCCUGGUCUGAAGGCUGAGCUUGUGGGGUCAGGCCCACAGGUCAUCUUCCAGGGGCAGCGCUGCCUCAUUUAUGCCCAGAUCCGUGGGCAGGACCAGUCUUCAAGCUCCACAGAAGCGGCGGCUGUUCUUCAAUACCAGUUCCAAGACCAGACUUUCAAAGAAAGGUUGACGUUCUCACUCAGUUCUCAGGAGACUGACAGGCUCCCUGUUCACCGACUGGCGGCUCAGACCCUCCUGAAGGAACUGGAGGGCGCAGGAGAGAAGGAAAAGGAAAAGCAGCGUCUGGCACUGGAGACGAGCCUGAGCUCUGGGGUGGUGUGCUCACAGACGGCCUAUGUGGGAGUGAACAAAGAGCUGGGCACAGCACUUCAAGGGCCUCUUGCUCGCCGCAACAUCCCCCUUGCAUGGGACAGAGAAAGGGCAGGACUCCUCAAUACCUUCUUUACCUCAGUCUUCUCCAAAAAAGAAAACAAUGCCCAACCUGAAAAAUAUGGAGCAGAUGAUUCAGCAGAUGAUUCAGAUGAUGAUCCCAGAAUAAUUCGUGGUGGAAUGGCGUUGUGCUAUGCACAAUCUGCAUCUCUACGUCCACUAAACCUGGGGUUGUCUCUCAGCCGGAUGAAUUCUUCCUCUCCUCCUUCCAUGCAGCAUUCUAUUAACAUUGCUAAGUACUCAGAUCAAGCCAAUGUUCUAAAAGCAAAACUGUGCAACCGAGCUGCACGAAAGAAAAAGAUGUGUUACUUCCUGAGGCAGUCAUCGCCGCCGCCUCCCAUUCAAAAUUCUCUCUCUGCUAAGUCCUCAGAGCCCACUCCCAAGGAGAAGGAAUCGCCUCUCUUGAGCUUGGUGUCUCUGCAAAAUGCUAAUGGCUCUUGGCCACUUGAUUCUGGUCUGGCCGAAAUCCUAGGCCUGAGUGAGGCUGAGAUCUCAAGCAAAUCACCUGCCCAGGUCACCCCAGAUGCAUGGGCGACAGUUCUGGCCCUUCUCUGGCUCCACUCCAGAGCCACAGGCCAGAGGGAUGAAUGGGAGUUACUGGAAACUAAAGCUCUCAGCUGGCUCCUGGUGACUGCAGGGCCUCAGCUGGCUGAGUGCGUGAAGGCUGGCAAUGAGAUGCUGGGCAGCAGCGUGAGCCCAGAGGCUUUUGGGAUCUGAGUUUGGCUCUGUAGCCUUGUGCUUUUUAAAACAGGAGUUUCUGCUCCACUCUUCUUUUCUUCUCCUGCCCAAAGUAUAGCUAGCUGCCUUCUCAUAAGGCUCUUGUCCGUCCCUGAGCUGUGCAGUUCAUUCUGAUUCCUCCAUGUCUUCACUGCAAGAAGUGCAGUGCCUUAUAGAGAGAUGCCUUAUUUUGGUCUGGUGUGCUAGUGAGGGUACCAAAAAAAAAAAGCACUUGUGUGUGGUUUUGAAAAAGCCACUGAAAGGAAUUACAAACUGCAAAAUAAACAACCAUUCAGUACUUAAAUGAAACUUUAUUACAAACCAGGUUUGACCACUUUUCUGCUUUUACCCGAAACCCAAAUCACUUACCUAAAUUUUGAACACAAUCUGUUCUCUAUACUGUUUGUUCCAGCAGAUUAAAACAAGGGUUUAUAAUCCACCUACAUCCAAAUGCAUGCUGUCAGCAGAAAAGGGGAGCAAAUAUUUUGAGAGUUAAUAUUGGACAGGUGGGUAGUGAAUAUGCCUUUUAGUGGAAAGCCACAUUUCUCUUCAGUGUUCCAGACCUUUAAAAGCUCAGAUGGAUAAAAAACCUUUACAGCUCUGCAGUUCCAGUCUAUGCACUCUGCCAAAGCUGAAGGAUGCUAUCACCCGAUUCCUUAUGAAGAGAGAGCUUGCCAAUGUGCCUGAAGAUUUACCCUACUGCCUACUGGUUUGUUCAAUCUACAAGGACUUAAGAGCAGUCUUGUUCAAAGAUUUAAAACUCUUCAGUUGAGAGAUCUAUUGGGUAUCCUGUUGUGUAUUAAAGUAAUAGCACAGCCAAGUAUGUACUGUAAUAUAGAGUUUAUUUGAAUGUACAAGUUCCAGCGGGAAUGUCUAUCAUUUGCUGGUUCAGAGUUCAGGAUUUGGAUCCACUGCCGGAUUGGUUUCCACUGGAGGGAAUCCUUGCCAUUCGUUCCCGCCAAAAUGUAUCUUUCCCCUGCUAGUUCUCUGUUACUAUAUAAACCUGAGUUUUCCCCAUUCCCUGCGUUCUGGCUCUUACCUGUUCUUUGAAGUAAAGAGAUGUUGUACCAGAUCCUCGCCUCCUGUUUCUUAUUUGCACUGAGCUGAAAUCACUGAAGACCCACUACACUACAUAUCCCAUUAACUAUUUUUUAGGGGACAGGUCCCCCUACACCUUUGAAAAAAGUGGACUGUUUUGCCUUCAGAGCAGCAAUUCUAAGAAGAUACGUCUGUGGGGUAUGGCUGAUACCAUAAUCAUGUAUAUUCUCUCUCUC